AUGAUGCAUGUAUUCAAAAGACUCACGCUGCUCGCUCUUGGAGCCGCGACUGCAAACGCGUUUCGGGACACCUCUCCGUUCUUCCUCGCAUCGACGUCCGAGAUUCUUGCUACAUCAUCGAACUUCCAGACCGCUGACGCCUUGUUAGAGGAUCUGUCUUCACAGCUUAGCACUUGCCCUUCGGAUUAUUAUGUCAUUGCCUCCCAACCCGGGGUGCACAGCACCGAUUUCUCGACCAUCAAGUCUGCACCCCGCCUUGGCGCGAAGAUGACCGGCAAGGAUAAGGCGAUUCGUUCCAAGAUGGUUAUCAAUGAGGUUGUGGGUGUCUUGGAGGCGAAGCAGGUUCAACAGCUUAUUGAGAAGGAAUGCGGGGCGCAGUCUACCGUGAUCGAUGCCUCCUCUGGGUUGUAUCCCUCCGAGCUUGGUGCGGAGCCUCGCGUGGUCUCUGUGAACUUCCCUAUGCUCUCGCUAGGGUCCGACCGGGCACAACAACUUUCGGAUAACGAUGGUCUUCUUGCGGACAUAAUCGACCGCAUCCCUUCCUCGAAGAAGUACACUGUCGUCUACGUAACGUCCCCGCGAGAGUUUGAGGGAUCUGAGGGCGUCCUAUAUCAUCCUGAGAAUGGUGCCCAAGACCCUCUUCAUAUGGACCUGAAGCGGGAUUAUUCGGCUCAUGGAAGCCGAAGUGUCCCUGCCUCUAACAAGUCCCUUUUCCAACAGUAUCAGUUCCUCACUCCAGGCAUCUUCAUGGGCCUUCUUGCCUCCUUCGUUUGCCUAAUGAUCCUCUAUGUGGCCCUUCGAGCUCUGUUGAGUCUCGAGGUCCCUUAUGCGGCGUUUGAGAAAGAUACGGCUGCCAGCGUCCAGAAGAAACAGCAAUGA